UCCCAGAGUGCUCUGCGCCGUGAAGAAGCGGCUCCCAGGGACUGGGGGCAUUUUGUGUUGGCUGGAGCUGGAGUAACAAGAUGGCGUCGUCGGCGGAGUGACAGGGGUCCCUCUGGGCCGGAGCCGGCGGCAGUGGUGGCAGCGGUAUCGCCGCCCUAGCUCACCGCGCCCCUUUUCCAGCCCGCGACGUCGCCGCGCAAGCGAGGCAGCGGCGGCCGCCGAGAAACAAGUGGCCCAGCCUGGUAACCGCUGAGAAGCCCUUCACAAACUGCGGCCUGGCAAAAAGAAACCUGACUGGGCGGCGGUGAUCAGGCUCCCCUCUGCUGAUUCUGGGCCCCGAACGCUGGUAAAGGCCUCCGUGUUCCGUUUCCUGCCGACUUCCUCCGUAGCCUUGCCUAGUGUAGGAGCCCCAGAGGCCUCCGUCCUCUUCCCAGAGGUGUCGGGGCUUGGCCCCAGCCUCCAUCUUCGUCUCUCAGGAUGGCGAGUAGCAGCGGUUCCAAGGCCGAAUUCAUUGUCGGAGGGAAAUAUAAACUGGUACGGAAGAUCGGGUCUGGCUCCUUCGGGGACAUCUAUUUGGCGAUCAACAUCACUAACGGCGAGGAAGUGGCAGUGAAGCUAGAAUCUCAGAAGGCCAGGCAUCCCCAGUUGCUGUACGAGAGCAAGCUCUAUAAGAUUCUUCAAGGUGGGGUUGGCAUCCCCCACAUACGGUGGUAUGGUCAGGAAAAAGACUACAAUGUACUAGUCAUGGAUCUUCUGGGACCUAGCCUCGAAGACCUCUUCAAUUUCUGUUCAAGAAGGUUCACAAUGAAAACUGUACUUAUGUUAGCUGACCAGAUGAUCAGUAGAAUUGAAUAUGUGCAUACAAAGAAUUUUAUACACAGAGACAUUAAACCAGAUAACUUCCUAAUGGGUAUUGGGCGUCACUGUAAUAAGUUAUUCCUUAUUGAUUUUGGUUUGGCCAAAAAGUACAGAGACAACAGGACAAGGCAACACAUACCAUACAGAGAAGAUAAAAACCUCACUGGCACUGCCCGAUAUGCUAGCAUCAAUGCACAUCUUGGUAUUGAGCAGAGUCGCCGAGAUGACAUGGAAUCAUUAGGAUAUGUUUUGAUGUAUUUUAAUAGAACCAGCCUGCCAUGGCAAGGGCUAAAGGCUGCAACAAAGAAACAAAAAUACGAAAAGAUUAGUGAAAAGAAGAUGUCCACGCCUGUUGAAGUUUUAUGUAAGGGGUUUCCUGCAGAAUUUGCGAUGUACUUAAACUAUUGUCGUGGGCUACGCUUUGAGGAAGCCCCAGAUUACAUGUAUCUGAGGCAGCUAUUCCGCAUUCUUUUCAGGACCCUGAACCAUCAAUAUGACUACACAUUUGAUUGGACAAUGUUAAAGCAGAAAGCAGCACAGCAGGCAGCCUCUUCCAGUGGGCAGGGUCAGCAGGCCCAAACCCCCACAGGCAAGCAAACUGACAAAACCAAGAGUAACAUGAAAGGUUUCUAAGCAUGAAUUGAGGAACAGAAGAAGCAGAGCAGAUGAUCGGAGCAGCAUUUGUUUCUCCCCAAAUCUAGAAAUUUUAGUUCAUAUGUACACUAGCCAGUGGUUGUGGACAACCAUUUACUUGGUGUAAAGAACUUAAUUUCAGUAUAAACUGACUCUGGGCAGCAUUGGUGAUGCUGUAUCCUGAGUUGUAGCCGCUGUAAUUGUGAAUAUUAACUGAGAUAGUGAAACAUGGUGUCCGGUUUUCUAUUGCAUUUUUUCAAGUGGAAAAGUUAACUAAAUGGUUGACACACAAAAAUUGGUGGAGAAAUUGUGCAUAUGCCAAUUUUUUGUUAAAACCUUUUGUUUUGAACUAUACUGCUUUGAGAUCUCAUUUCAGAAGAACGGCAUGAACAGUCUUCAGCCACAGUUGUGAUGGUUGUAAAUGCUCACAAUUGUGCAUUCUUAGGGUUUUUCCAUCCCUGGGGUUUGCAAGUUGUUCACUUAAAACAUUCUUAAAAUGGUUGGCUUCUUGUCUGCAAGCCAGCUGAUAUGGUAGCAACCAAAGAUUCCAGUGUUUGAGCAUAUGAAAGACUCUGCCUGCUUAAUUGUGCUAGAAAUAACAGCAUCUAAAGUGAAGACUUAAGAAAAACUUAGUGACUACUAGAUUAUCCUUAGGACUCUGCAUUAACUCUAUAAUGUUCUUGGUAUUAAAAAAAAAAAAAGCAUAUUUGUCACAGAAAUUUAGUUAACAUCUUACAACUGAACAUGUAUGUAUGUUGCUUAGAUAAAUGUAAUCACUGUAAACAUCUAUAUGAUCUGGGAUUUUGUUUUUAUUUUGAAAUGGGAGCUUUUUUGUUUACAAGUUCAUUAAAAACUAAAAACUGUUUCUGUAAGGAAAUGAGAUUUUUUUUUAAACAACAAAAAAUGCCUUGCUGACUCACUAUUAAAUAAAAAUCUCCCCAAUUUUUUGAUAGACUACUUCAAGCCAUUUGUUACAUGGUAUUCCUUUGCAAGUCAAUUUAGGUUUCGUGUUAUAACUUCUCCUCUUUUUUUAAGAAAAAUGAAAAAAGUAAUUCUUUUGUCUGAAGGGGAAAGGCAUUCUUUCAUUUUUUUCUUUUUUUUUUUUUUUUUUGUGACUUGCAGGCACAAUAUCUAGUACUGCAACUGCCAGAACUUGGUAUUGUAGCUGCUGCCCGCUGACUAGCAGCUGGACUGAUUUUGAAUAAAAAUGAAAGCAUUAAAGGGUUUCCCUACAAAACAUUUUUCUUUAAAAUACUUUUGAAAUGGCUAUAAGCAGUUGAAUUUCACCCUUGGAGAGCAUCACACUGUGUGAGGUUCAGUGAUUGUUGACCCUCCCCAGCCCCUCCUGCUUCUUUAAGUUAUCUGUGUGCGUGCGCUUCCUCUCAAUCUUCUUUGCACGCUCAUUUCUUUUUCUCUGACCCAUGAGAAAGGAAAACUUACUGAUGAUAAUUUUUAAAUAGUGUAAUUUAUUCAUUUAUAGCAUGUCAGGAUAAAUUAAAAGAACAUUUGUCUGGAAAUGCUGCCGGGAGCCUAUUGUGUAAAUGUAGGUAUUUUGUAAAAUAACCUUGAAAUUGUAAAUUGACACGUGUUUGGUCAGAUUGUGUCAAGUUUAAUUUGUUUUGUUUUCUUUUUUCUUUUUUUUUAUUUGAAAACUACUUUAGCAAUAAUUAAUUCCAUGAUUAUCACAUUCUGCCAUUAAGGGAUAUUAGUACCGUAAUACUGAAGAAAUUUUAUUAAGUCUGAACUUUUGGGGUAGGCAGCUUCUUUGUUUCUUUUCUAUCCACCCUUGUCGGUUGAGGUAUUUGUUUCUUGACUAAUAAACCCUUUGAUACUUUUAGCCAGAAAUCGGUCUCAUAAAGCUAUUUUUGAGUAUAGUUUGUGUAAAAUAAAAAUGUUUAGCUUUGGUAAUAACUUCCAAGCUGAACUCCCUCUAGCAAGAUAUUUUUCAGUGCUUUUAUUUACUAUGCACUUAGACUAUGCACUUUUUCUGAAAUAUUUUUGUAACACUUUUUUGUAUUUUUGCCAUUUGAAAAGGUUGUGGUGUGGUUGGUCUGUAAUUAAGUUGCAGAUUUAAAACUGCUGUUAGCUUUGUAAAUCAAAAUAUAGGUGUUUUUUGUCCUGGUAUAUCGUCAUUCCAUCUGCAGCUGGAGCUGGAAUCCCAUUGAUCUUCUAGCUACCAUUCAUUUUCUUCACUGUUCACAAAAGAAGAAUGUGAAAUUCAGUGAAUGCUGUUACUAAUCCUGUUGCGAGAUGAAUCUCAUUUCACCAAAAUUAAAUUAUGUUUUUCCGCUAAAAUGAUGAUACAAGUUGAAGACACAUCACUCUGAAAUUGGAAGACCUCACCACUUAAGGCUUCACAGUGGCUUACUCAGCUGAACUCUAGGUUACUACUCUUUACUUUGUUCACCCAUUGGGGGGUGCAGUUUUUUUAAAAUGUUGGGAGAUGGCCAUUCUAACUACUGUUGAAUGUCUCUGUUUUGGGAAGGUAUAACAAGAAAUAAAAAAGAAUAUAUAUGAA